AUGGUCAAGUCCCAUACCAUAGAUGGAUUGAAUAAUUCGUUUGCGAGUAUAUUGAACAACAACGCGCCCCAGGUACGCAACAAGAAAACCAAGCACGAUUUGGCGCCGCUUGAGAUACGAGACGCCUCAAUCCCGUCAUUGCCCACGCCCACAAAGCUUCGAAAUGUAUGUUUUAUUUGCGCUGAAUUGUUGCUGUCGGUGUUGCAGAGUGAGCGUAUUCUUACCCUAUGCUGUGGAGACGCUGUGCAUUUCGAGUGCUUCAAAACCGUCUUCCACAAGGAAAUUUUCGAUCUUGAGCAAACCAGGCCCCUAAAGUCGGCGGAGAAAACAGUGUUUUCGCAAAACUGCCAUGGCGCCAGCUGCGGCGGCCAAAACAAAGUCGAAGUCUUGACCAAGAAGCUUCACCCUUUCCUGCGAAGGCAUGACCCCUCGCUUACUCCAAAGAGGGCGGCUCCAGCUCAACCGGCGUUGAAACAGCCAGAACGGGUUGAGCGGGUGGUGGAACAAGUCCAAAGGGGCCACCCUUCUUCUUCUUUUUCCUGUCCAUCUUUGAGUUCCUUCACGGGUCCAGGUGGUCAGGAUAGCAAGAGACUCCUGCAUACUUUGCAGAGCUCUCAAAGCAUCAACUUUCGAGCGUUGAGGACAACCUUGAACGACCCGCUCUCGCAGCACGUCAUCCCGCGUGGAAGGAGAGGAAGCGGAAGCAUGGAACCACAACGAACACGAACCCCGUCGCCAAUCGGCACCAUUUCAACCACGUUCUCUGAAUCAUUCAACGUCAACGACGGGUUGGUGGACAAUCUCGAUGCUGAAAGCAUCGUCGACAAAUUGAUUGAGUUUAUGUUGCAUCAAUGUCCCCAAUUCAAGUUAUCCAAAAUGUCCCAGCUAGGCAAACUUCGAGCAGCAGACCAACUUCAAGCAGCCGUGGGCGAAGACAGCGUGCUGUUUUCCACAAAGUACACCUACUUGUUUGAAAAGAGUAUGGUCCUUUGGAAUCCGUCCUCAGCGCCAGUUUUUGUCGAUAUGAGCAACGCAGAAACUUCGACGCGGGGCCAAGUCUUGCACGUUGUUGCCAAGUCUCACAACGGGCCCAACCACUACGUUGCACUUCGAUCGGAUAUUGGAUCAGUGACGGAGAAAUGGAUCGUUAUGCUAAUGGACCAGAACUCAGAGCUCCCCAAUAAUAAAAUCACAAGCACAAUCCGCUUGAUGCCAGAUGCAACUCUCGCCGCUGGGGCUACCUCCACGGCCGCGCUUCAACAAAGAGUCGCCGUAACGGACAUGAACAUGAUCUUGGAGGAACUGCCCCAGGACACGAGCAUGCAGGAGUCGAUAGAUGUGUUUCUGAAGAUGGAGAGUCUAGACACUUUUAGAGAGGACGCGGUGGACGCUGAAGCAGAAGAAGGGGAAGGAGAAGCGGAAGAUUUCGAGUUUGAAUUGAAAAUCAACCGAGGGACUAAACUUGAAGGCGAGAAUGAUGAUGAUGAUGACGACGAUGACGAUGAUGAUGAUGAAUUGACUGAUUCUGACGUUGAUUCCGAUAACGAGUUGAUUCAGUCAGCUUUGGGCAAGAAGUUCCAAGCGAUUGACGUGAAAGAGUUGCAGGACUUGAUUCACAAAGUUACUGAUGCAUUAUCGUGA